GUAAAUAAAUAUGGCCGCGCUCAGGAGUUUGGGUCAAGGAGUUUUUCGGAAUCGAGUUUCAUUUAAUAAUGCACUUAAACAGUGCGAUAAUUUCAGUGGAAAGAAACUAAAAAAUAAACUGUCUUUCUUUGAUAAGUGCUUUUCCACGAAAACAAGCCCAAACUACCGAAGUAAAUGGAAGUUAUGGUCUUGCGUAAUCGGAACGGGUGCAUUUGGUUCUAUCUUUUUGUUUAAUAAACAGAAAUAUAUUUUAAAUGCAGACUUUCCAGGCCAGUCCAUACCUCCAACAAAACAGGUCCGAUUUGAUGAAGACAAAACAAACCUGAAGUUGACCUUGUUCCAGUUUGUCACAUGUCCGUUUUGCUGUAAAGUCCGAGCGAUGUUGAACUACAAUGGGAUCUCCCAUGAUAUUGUGGAGGUUAACUCUAUAACAAGAAAAGAGAUCAAAUGGUCCAAGUACAAGAAAGUCCCAAUAAUCAUCAUAGACGGAGUCGGAGACGAGGGGUACCUGCAAGUGAACGACUCGGCUGUGAUAAUGAGUUUGCUAGAGAGCCACCUUUUUGACAAAUCCAUUCCCCUGUGGAAACUUUCCUCAUUUUACCCAGUCAUCGAGAAAAAAACAGGAGGGCGAUUCUUCAGUCGGACCGUCCAGGAAUGUCCGAACAAGAACUUUGUGAUGUAUCAGGAGCACCUGUCUGACAAGAGAACCCCGGAGGAGAGGGCUGAUGAGAGAAAGAUGAGGACUUGGGUAGACACGGUGUUUGUUCAUCUGAUCUCCCCCAAUGUUUACCGUACCCCCACUGAGGCCCUAGACACAUUUAAUUGGUUCUCCAAGGCCGGAGAUUGGGAAACCAACUUCUCUAACUUCCAGAAAAAUACCAUCAUCUACAUAGGAGCCUUUGUAAUGUACCUUGUUGGAAAAAAACUGAAAAGGAAGUGAGUUCAAAAUUCAUGCAUAAAAUCUUUCUACGAGGGCGGCGACACAUGGGUCAGGAAUCUCAAGGGGAGAAAAUUCAUGGGAGGCGAUCAUCCUGACUUAGCAGACUUGUCUAUGUACGGGAUGUUAACAGCUAUGGAGGGAACAGAAGCAUUUAAGGACAUGUUGUCUCACACUAAAAUCAAGCCGUGGUUUGAGAGAACUAAGAAAGCCGUUAAUAACCAUGAAGGAGCCCACCGGACCCGAGAAUUAAAUGUUCCAUAGGGAGCCAAUCAGAAGUGUUGUUAUAGAUCCAUCAGCCAAUCAGAAAUGAUUUACUUUUCAUGAACAAAAUGUAUCCAAAGACUUUUGAAUUAUCUGUUUAUUUAUAAGAUUGUAUGUUAUUUAUGGAUGUAAAUGGACUCAGAUAAAGUGGUUAUCAUUUUAUAUGAAGUGCUUUGAAACAGAAAAAUAAUGUUUUGUGAUAACUGAGAAAAUUACCUUAAUAAAGGAUAAAAACCUU